AAAGGUUGGCAUUCUUGUUCUGUUUGUCAAACCGUGCGGUUGUCAGAACUUUGAAACUAUCUUUGCAACGUCUUGACAACGUUUUUUUUUUGUACAUUUUCUUUCGACAUACAAAGAAAAAGAAAAUAGUCGAAGAAACGUUGCCUAUUUUUCAAAGCCAGAGCGGUCGCAAGUUGUUGAGAAUUGCAUUAGUAAUAUUGCAUUUUAUCUUUAUCCAAAAUUAAUUAAAAAUACAAAAAAACCAAGUCUCAAUUGUUUGCACUAAAUUUUUCCAUUAAAUUCUAUUUAUUACUGUAACAAGUGUUUGGAAGUUUCUGGAAAACGCGCCGCAACGCGUUUACCGAGAGUUUACGAUAUACGUUAAGCGCGCUACAGUUGCCAUUGCCGACAGGAUAACACACGGCCGGCAGGAUAUAAGUUGCUGUGAAAAUGAGUUUUCACAAAAGCGACUCACGCACGCCGCUGGCACCGGCAGAAUACACCAAAAUUCCGACGGUUGUGACGGUCUACGAUAGCGAGAAGAAAAAUGGCAGCAGGAAUAAUGCGAGCAUAAGCCAACCCAAAUUCAUACGCUCCGACAUGGCCGAUGUGCCUGUCCAGCAGGCGGCGGGCUCGACUCUCCCUUUGGUCCUGACCCGCAAAAAAGGCGGCGAUGAUGGCGAGGAUGGCACCUACAAUCCCUUCGAGCAUCGCAAAGUGGAGCAUCCAACAUCUGAUCUGGAAACGUUUGUGCAUCUGCUGAAGGGUUCCUUGGGCUCGGGAAUUCUGGCCAUGCCCAUGGCCUUUUCCAAUGCCGGCUUGUGGUUCGGUCUGGUCGCCACCUUUGCCGUUGGCACCCUGUGCACCUACUGCGUCCACAUAUUGGUCAAGUGUGCCCACAUCCUGUGUCGGCGUCGCAAGAUACCCAUGAUGGGAUUCGCGGAUGUGGCCGAACAGGCCUUUUUGGAUGGUCCACCCUCGCUGAAUCGCUGGUCCCGCUUCAUACGCUUCAUGGUGAAUACAUUUCUGGUGAUCGAUCUACUUGGCUGCUGUUGCAUCUAUCUGGUGUUUGUGGCAACCAAUGUGCAGCAGGUGGUUAAUCAGUAUACGGUAAAUGAGAUAAGUGUUCGCCUAUGGAUUGUGAUUGUCUGUGCACCUUUGGUUUUCAUGUGCCUGGUGCGCAACCUCAAAUUCCUGACGCCCUUCUCGAUGAUUGCCAACAUUCUGAUGUUUGUCGGCAUUGUCAUCACGUUUGUCUAUAUGUUCACGGAUCUGCCAGCGCCCGCAGAGCGUGAGGGAAUUGUUGAUCCAACACACUGGCCUCUCUUCUUCGGCACGGUCAUCUUUGCCUUGGAGGGCAUCGGUGUAGUUAUGUCCCUGGAGAAUGACAUGAAGAACCCCAGUCAUUUUAUUGGUUGCCCCUCGGUGCUUAACUUUGGCAUGGGACUGGUCAUUGGACUCUACACCUUGGUCGGCUUCUUUGGCUACCUCAAGUAUGGACCCGAAACGGAGGCCAGCAUUACGCUGAAUUUGCCACUGGAAGACAAACUGGCUCAAUCCGUUAAGCUGAUGAUUGCCAUUGCCAUAUUCUUUACCUUCACGCUGCAGUUCUAUGUCCCCGUCAGCAUUCUGUGGAAGGGUAUUGAGAAUAAGAUUUCUGCCUCUCGCAAGAACAUCAGCGAGUACGCACUUCGUGUUGGUCUGGUGGUGCUCUGCUGUGGCAUUGCUGUGGCGCUGCCCAAUUUGGGUCCAUUCAUCUCGCUUAUUGGCGCCGUUUGCCUCAGUACGCUGGGCAUGAUUGUGCCAGCGGUUAUUGAGCUGGCUGUGUAUUAUGAGGAUCCUGGAUAUGGACGUUUCAAGUGGCGGCUGUGGAAGAACUCGUGCCUGAUACUUUUUGGCAUUGUGGGCUUUUUGACGGGCACAUAUGUGAGCAUACGCGAGUUCCAGGCAGAGUUCAAGGGCGGCCAUGAUGAGAUGUGAGCGACCGCCUCACUUUAUGCUAAUUUUAUUUAAAUUAGUUUUAAUAAAACUCUUCUAAGCACAGGGAUAUCUAAGUUAAGUUUUUAACUAAUUUUAGGGCUAACCAAAGUUUUGUAAGAUCCUCCCUCUGCUUCUCACUCCCAUCUUAAUUUCAAACUAAACAAAAAAAACA